AUGCCGUUUGUUCUCUGUGCCAAGGUUGAUAAUGGUGCCAAGGGUGAUAAGGGUGCCAGGGGUGAUAAGGGUGCCAAGGUUGAUAAUGGUGCCAAGGGUGAUAAGGGUGCCAGGGGUGAUAAGGGUGCCAAGGUUGAUAAUGGUGCCAAGGGUGAUAAGGGUGCCAGGGGUGAUAAGGGUGCCAAGGGUGAUAUUGGUGCCAAGAGUGAUAAUGGUACCAAGGGUGCUAAGGGUGCCAUGGGUGCUAGUGGUGCCAAGGGUGAUAAGGGUGCCAGGGGUGAUAAUGGUGCCAAGGGUAAUAAGGGUGCCAGGGGUGAUAAUGGUGCCAAGGUUGAUAAUGGUGCCAAGGGUGAUAAGGGUGCCAGGGGUGAUAAGGGUGCCAAGGUUGAUAAUGGUGCCAAGGGUGAUAAGGGUGCCAGGGGUGAUAAGGGUGCCAAGGGUGAUAUUGGUGCCAAGAGUGAUAAUGGUACCAAGGGUGCUAAGGGUGCCAUGGGUGCUAGUGGUGCCAAGGGUGAUAAGGGUGCCAGGGGUGAUAAUGGUGCCAAGGGUAAUAAGGGUGCCAGGGGUGAUAAUGGUGCCAAGGGUGAUAUUGGUGCCAAGAGUGAUAAUGGUACCAAGGGUGCUAAGGGUGCCAUGGGUGCUAGUGGUGUUAAGGGUGCCAAAUGGUGCCAAGGACUGUUUAUAGUGCCCUGA